CGUGAGCCCUGGGCCAUGGCGCUGUUCCACGUCGCGCGGUAUCCCGGCCCUGAGGCGGCCGGGCCCGAGGAGGAGGCGGAGGCCGGGGCGGGCGAGAGGGCUCGUGCGCUGCUCCAGCGGCUGCAGAGCCGGGCGCUCGAGCGGCAGCGGCAGCGGCGGGAACCCGCGCCUCCCCAGGUGGAGGAGGAGGCGGCGGCAGGGCGGCGGCGGCGGCGGCCCCGGCGGCGGCCCCGGCGAGUGGGGGCGGCGGGGAGCCCGGACGCUCGGCCGGGGAAGCGGCGGAAGACGGGCGGCGACGCCGCCGCGGACGCAGGUGGGCCGAGGGCUGGGGGCGCGGGGCCGGCGAGGCUGCUGGGAGGCGGCGGCGCGGCUGACGCGGGUCCCGGCGUCGUUUGCCUCGCAGGGCCCGGCGAGCAGGCGCCGGGGGAGCAGGAGGCCGAGGCGGCCCCGGACGGAGCGUGCCGGGUCCCCGCCGCGGUGCUGGGGGCCUUCGGACGGAGGAAGGCGCUCAAGGUGCAGCCCUUCCUGCCGGGCUGGUUGGCUGAGCCCAGCUGCGUCAGGAAAGACGUCUCCGGGAAUCUCACCCCGCUGGAGGACGUCCCGGAGGUGCACCCGGACCUGCAGAGGCAGCUGCGGGCCCAGGGCGUCUCCGCCUACUUCCCAGUCCAGGCGGCCGUGAUCCCUGUCCUCCUGGAGAGCGCCGCCAGCGGCUUUCUGGUGGGCAGAGGUGGCUACCGGCCGAGUGACCUCUGUGUGUCCGCCCCCACGGGCAGUGGGAAGACGCUGGCCUUCGUCAUCCCUGUGGUGCAGGCCCUGUUGCAUCGAGUAGUCUGUCAGAUCCGCGCCCUGGUUGUGCUGCCCACCAAGGAACUGGCCCAGCAGGUGUGCAAAGUGUUCCACAUCUACACGGACGCCACGCCCCUGCGGGUCGCUCUUGUCACUGGACAGAAGUCGCUGGCCAAGGAGCAGGAGAGCCUUGUCCAGAAAACGGCGGAUGGCUACCGCUGCUUGGCUGACAUCGUGGUGGCCACCCCUGGCCGCCUGGUGGACCACAUCGACCAGACGCCGGGAUUCCACCUCCAGCAGCUCCGCUUCCUGGUCAUUGACGAGGCUGACCGCAUGGUGGACAGCAUGCACCAGUCCUGGCUGCCGCGGGUGGUCGCGGCGGCCUUCCAGAGUGAGGGCCCUGGGGACCUCUGUUCUGUGCUGCAGAGGAGGCAGCCCCCGGCUGUGACUGCUGCCAGCACCUGCUGUCCCCAGGUGCCUCUGCAGAAGCUGCUCUUCUCUGCCACCCUGACCCAGGACCCUGAGAAGCUACAGCGGCUCGGCCUCUAUCAGCCCCGGCUCUUCUCGUCGGGACAGGCGCACAGGGACUCACGAGACGAGGAGGAGUGUGGGGGCGUGGCAGGGAAGUAUGACUUCCCCGCAGGGCUCACGCACCACUACGUGCCCUGCCGCCUCCGGUCUAAGCCGCUGGUUGUCCUGCACCUGAUCCUAGAGAGGAAGUUCUCCAGGGUCCUCUGCUUCACUAACUCGAGAGAGAACUCCCACAGGCUCUUCCUGCUGGUGCAAGCUUUCGGGGGUGUGAGUGUGGCCGAGUUUUCCUCCCGCUACGGGCCUGGCCAGCGGAGGGGGAUCCUGAAGCAGUUCGAGCAGGGAAAGAUCCAGCUCCUGGUGAGCACCGACGCUGCCGCCCGAGGCAUUGACGUGCAGGGCGUGGAGCUGGUAGUCAACUACGACGCGCCCCAGUACCUGAGGACCUACGUGCACCGUGUCGGGAGAACAGCACGGGCCGGGAGAACGGGACAGGCCUUCACGUUGCUCCUCAAAGUGCAGGAGAGGCGGUUUCUCCAGAUGUUGGAUGAAGCUGGCGCCCCCAGGCUGCAGCGGCACGAGACGCCCAGCGAGCUCCUGCAGCCGCUGGUCCCUCGGUACGAGGCAGCCUUGUCCCAGCUGGAGAAGACCGUCAGGGAAGAGCAAAAGCAGAAGGCCGCCUAGGCCGGGGCCUCAGAGGAGCAGAGGGCGCCUCCUGCUGGCACGGGUCAGCGUCUUCAUUGCCGUGGACAUGUGCCGGGUGGAAUGGCAGCCCUCCCGAGCACACCGUCUCCUCUGUGGGGUAGCAGCUCAGGCCUGGGCUUGAGCGCACGGCUGGUGCUGCACAGCCUGCAGCCCCAGUCCCCUGGGGUCAGACUGGUCCUCCCGGAAAUAAAGGGAAAUGGAAGACUCCCCCAGGACGGGGCACGGAGCUUGUCACGUUCUUGGCUGGUUGUGGGGGUGGGCUGGGGUGGCCUCUGGCUGCCACACGUUCACUCACGUGGCUGGAAUCCUCCACUUGAGGGUGAGGAAUCUAGGCCAGACACGGCUUGUGUGCAGAGCACUGAAUAGGGACCAUUUUGGUUACACUUAAAUUUUUUUUUUUUUUUUUGGACAGGCAG